AUGUCCGUGCGCCGUUCGUCAUUGGGGUACAAGAUUAGACGCGUGGUCACGAGCGUUUACCUCACAACCGUAGUUUUUGUGUGGAGUUUGACUGUCAUCACGAUGAACUUGACCGGACGCCACGUUGUUUUUGCUGACCUCCCGCUUGUCGGCAAGACCAUCACGUCCGUCGUCCUCGUCAUCGCACUCGCGCAACUUUGCGUUGCAAUUCCUCCUCUUUUCAGUCUCGUCAUGGAGAUGUUCGUCCGCAGAGAUGACAAGAAUGCUAGUACCGCGCAGGCGGAGAUGCCUGAGCUGCAGAGCGAGAACUAUUCUGAUACGGUAUCCAAAAGUGCAGUUGCUACUGAGAAAUAA